AAGAUACAUGAAAAGUAACCAUAGUUGAGUUCAAAUGGUGAAUCAACCAUAGUUAGAACCCUAGUUAGGGUUAACCCCAAAAGUAGUUGUAAAUAAAAGCAAGCCCAUGCCCAUCUGUCUUUUACAAUUAUAGAAAAAUUUUGGGCAUUUUCAGAUUUUCUUCGGGGGGUUUUGACCAAAUUUUUCUAGCUCUCCACAGAAAUUCUCCCCAUUUCAAUUUGGUGGGAAAAAAGAAAAACCACAAAUUCAACUCCAGGCCUUCAGAUUUUUAUUUUAAUCGUUAACAUGCCAUAUUAAGACUGUACCAAAAACGGGUGAACAGUUGGGAACCAAGUCAUUUUAAAAAUAUGGAGUGCAAUAGAGAUGAGGCCCUCCGUGCAAAGACAAUUGCUGUGGGCAAGUUAGAGAAGAAGGAUUUUGCUGGCUCUAAAAAAAUUGCCUUGAAAGCCCAAACAUUGUAUCCAGGACUUGAGGGUAUCUCACAAAUGUUGACAACACUUGAUGUGUAUAUUGCUGCAGAGAAUAAAAUAAGUGGGGAAGUAGACUGGUAUGGAGUGCUCGGUGUCAACCCUUCAGCUGAUGAUGAAACAAUAAGGAAACAAUACAGGAAGUUGGCUCUCACUCUUCACCCAGAUAAAAAUAAAUCUGUUGGUGCUGAUGGUGCUUUUAAACUUCUUUCAGAGGCCUGGAGCUUGUUAUCUGAUAAGGCUAAGAGGUUGGCAUAUAACCAAAGGAGGGGUUCUAGAGGAUACCACCAGAAAGUUCAAAUGCACGCUGGUGGACCAUCAGCAGCAUCCAGGGCAAACGGAUUUCAUAAUAUUGGAAGUAGGUCAACAUCUAUUACAAAGACCCAAAACAAUAGUUCAAGGGUAUCACCUACAUCAGUUCCUACUCCGUCGUAUCAAAGAACUGAUACUUUCUGGACUAUUUGUCACAGAUGCAAGAUGCAUUACGAGUAUCUUAAGAUAUAUCUCAAUCACACUCUUCUGUGUCCCAAUUGUCACGAGGCCUUCAUGGCUUCAGAGACAGCUCCACCAUUCAACUUUUCUAAAUCAUCAAAUCCUGCUUCUCGCCAGCGGAAUCAGAAUUUGAAUAAUCAUGCAACUGCUAGAAAUCAUGUUGACACGGGAAGCAAUGCUGCAGCUGGUCAAAAAUCAGGACCUGGACAAGCAGGUCCUAAUGUGUAUGGGCAUAGAAGCUACCAGCAGGCUCCUCAUUUUGGCCAUACAGAUCCUUCUAUAUCGACAAAAGCAGCAAAUUCUGUUCAGCAGGCACAGGCAUUUCCUGAACCACCUGCUAGGUGGGAAGGAGAAACAAAAAAGCGAAAAAUAGAUGACUAUUUUGGUGCAAAAACUACAUAUAACGUGGCCAUGGCAAAUGGAGGUUUUGCUAGUGCAGGUGCAUCAGGAUCAAGGAUCUAUGGUUUCUCUGGCACUAAUAGUAAACCCAACAGCACCAGAGACCUGACCCCACUAGAAAUGCGAAAUGUGCUAAUGGAGAAGUCUCGAAAAGAGAUUCUGAAGAAGUUGAACGAAUGGAGAUUGGUGACGGCAACAAAGGCUACAGAUAAAGUGAAAGAGAAGGCAAAAGAGGGCAAGAGAAACAAACACCGAAGCACCAGUGGGCAUGAUCAGAAUGGCAAUGGUGGGCUGUCUAUUCGCAUGGUAGCAGAUCGAGCUAACAAGUGUCUUGUUAGCCAUUCUGCUGACACUGCAGGUAAAGAGGAUAAUGUGGCAGCACCCAUGAAUGUUCCAGAUCCCGAUUUUCAUGAUUUUGAUCAGGACAGAGCUGAAAGUUCAUUUGGAGAUAAUGAGGUUUGGGCUGGUUAUGAUGAUGAUGAUGGUAUGCCGCGUUUCUAUGCUCUGAUUAGUAAGGUAAUCUCAAGGAACCCAUUUAAGGUCAAGAUCAGCUGGCUUAACUCAAAAACCAGUAGCGAAUUUGGAUCUCUGGAUUGGGUAGGUUCAGGUUUCUACAAAACGUGUGGUGAAUUUAGAGUUGGCAGAUAUGAAAUCUGCAAAUCUAUCAAUUCUUUCUCCCAAAAGGUUAAUUGGUCAAAAGGCCCACGGGGGACUAUUCUAAUAUUGCCUACAAAGGGUGAUGUUUGGGCACUCUACAGGAAUUGGUCGCCUGAUUGGAAUGAGCAGACCCCGGAUGAAGCCAUACACAAAUAUGACAUGGUGAUGGUACUUGAUGACUACAGUGAGGAACAGGGUGUAUCUGUCGCUCCUCUUGUUAAGGUAGUUGGUUUCAAGACAGUAUUUCGUCCAAAUUUGGACCCCCAAAAGGUCAAGAGAAUACCAAAAGAAGAGAUGUUCCGAUUUUCUCAUAGGGUCCCGAACCACGUGCUUAGGGGUGAUGAAGCUGAAAAUGCUCCAAAAGGUUGCAUAGAGCUGGACCCUGCAGCUACCCCAUUGGAACUUCUUCUGGUGAUUAUGGAAACUAAUGAGGUGCCAACGAUGUCCCAUGGUGAGAGUUCUAAGGAAGAGAAAUUGCAGAGCUCUCCAGAUACUAGGUUAGACGACAUUGCUAAUGUGACCACAGAGGCUCAGGAAGUAGACAGAAAACAGUCUGGAGACCGAGAAACUGGGGGAAAUGGGCUUUGAAGGGUAGCCAGGGAAGCAGCGCUUUUUUGUACGAUGCUGGUAUUUUUUUAACAAAUGUUCAGAGUGCUGGAUAGACACCCAGUAUAUAGACCUUUUCAAUUGCACAAGCCCCGAGUAUAAUUGAAGGAGAAUAGCGUUUUGUUGUGGAAUCGGAAUUGGGUGCAUACUUUUGUUCUUCGUUUUGAACUCGAUAAAUGUGGAGACUCUGAACACUUAAAAGGUAGAUCAAGUCUAACCCCAGUUUUGACAGUUAAAUUGAGUAAAAUUAUGAAGAUGAAGAACUUCAUUCUUCUUUACUGUCUAGGUAAAAGUGAAUGCUUUCUGCCUAUUGAACAUCAUGUAUAAGACAGGAAGUGUAUUCUUUGUCGUGUUACUUGAUUCUAAUGUUAAAAACAUGGAAUUCAUUUUUGUCUUGAAAGACUAAAAACAUUUGUAAGUCGAAAAGGUUCAUUUAUAUUUUGCUGCGUCUUGGAAUUGACAUGCGCAAGUAUUUAUUUUUC